AUGGACAACAAGACUUUCGUGUCGGACUCAUUGAUUCGCUUAACGGGCGCCUCAGAUCCGAUCGCGGUUGAUUUCGUUCUCGCCGAAGCCAGCUCUGCCAAGUCAUCAUCCUCUCUUCAAGACAAGCUGGUCUCCUUCCUCGACGGCAGUCCCGAUGAAAUCGGUGCGUUCUGCGGACAGCUCUUCUCCCGUGUUGGGAAGAGCAGUCAGCCUAAUGCAUCUACACCGAAGAACCCUGCAAGCAAGGAAUCGAAGAAGAAGUACCGCAUGGUCGAUAUGGGCGAGGAUUUCCCGGAUCCCGCAUCCACGCUGGGGCCUGUCAACGUCGAGGCAGAGCGCGACAGGAGAAGGCGCCGGGAGAAAGAAAGAGAGAGCGACCGAAACCGCAAUCGCGAUCGCGAUCAGGACAAGAGCAAGCGAGAUUUGGAAGCCCGUAGUCGCUGGGAGAAAGACGACAACCGGAAACGCGACCGCAGCCGAGACGCGGAAAGCCGAGAUCCUCCACGGUCGAAGAAGUUGCGGAAGAAGGGCUCACAGGACUUUGACGAUAGAUGGGGUGACGAGGAAAUUCCCGAGGAAGAGCUGUAUCCCGAAGGCGACCAGGACGAUUUUGCGGAAUCUCCAUCGAAAAGGACGAGACUUGAGGACGGGUCUGCCUCCCCACGCUCCGCAUCUCCCGCCGAUGACCUCGACCCUCAAACCAAACAGGAGAUAGAGCGCCAACGGGACCUUCGAGAGCGAGAUGAGUUUGCGAAGAGACUGGCCACCAAGGAUGACAACAAAUCCAAGAAGAUCGUGGAGGACCGAACAAGAGAGGGAGAAGCCGCACGACGACGCGCCCUGGCCGAUAAUGCCGAUGCGCGGGCUGCUGUGAUGCCGGAUCUGCGCUUGCGGUCGCGACAGGAAUACUUGAAGAAGCGUGAGACCGAGCGACUCGCACUCCUACGGCGCCAGGUCGCUGAAGAAGCUGCCGAGCUGCGCGAGAACCCAGAUCUCACCCGCCGUGAGAAGGAGGAAUUUGCGCGAAACCGGGAAGUUCUUCGCAUCGCAGAGGAGCGACUUCGAAUCGAUGACCACCGCGAUGGCUACAUGAUGCCCGAUGAUUAUAUCACCGAGAAAGGCAAGAUCGAUCGCAAGAAGAAAGAGGAUGCUCUAUACAAGCGCUAUGUUGAUCGCGAUGAUGCUGGUCAGGAGCGAUUCGUUACAGAACACGAGGAAUGGGAAUUGGAACAGGCAGCCAAAGCCAAGGCCCAAAUCCAAAAGGCCGAAUUUGUCGACGAAGGAGACUACGAAUACGUGUUUGAUGAUUCACAACAGAUCAACUUUGUGAUGGAUACCAAGCUCGAAGGCACACAGAAGCCGAUGACCCAGGAGCAGCUCCGGUUCAAAGAGCAGGUUGAUGCAGCCGAGAAGAAGGCUGCCACGAUUGAAGAGACUCGAAAGAGUCUCCCCAUUUAUCAAUUCCGAGAUCAGAUUAUACAAGCUGUGCACGAUCACCAAGUCCUGAUUAUUGUCGGAGAGACGGGGUCGGGUAAAACGACACAAAUCCCUCAAUACCUUCACGAGGCUGGCUUCACUAAGGAUGGCCUCAAGAUUGGCUGCACUCAGCCGCGUCGAGUAGCAGCCAUGAGUGUUGCCGCUCGUGUGGCGGAGGAGAUGGGCGUGAGAAUUGGUAACGAAGUCGGCUAUGCCAUUCGAUUCGAAGACAAUACAAGCGACAAGACGAUUUUGAAAUACAUGACUGACGGGAUGCUUCUUCGAGAGUUGCUCACGGAGCCAGAUCUGGGCCAGUACUCAGCAUUGAUGAUCGACGAAGCCCACGAGCGGACAGUGCCUACCGACAUUGCAUGUGGACUUCUCAAGGAUAUUGCCAAGGCCCGACCUGACUUGAAGCUGCUCAUCUCCUCGGCAACUAUGGACGCGCAGAAAUUUCAGAAGUAUUUUGACGAUGCGCCUAUCUUUAACAUCCCCGGGCGCCGUUACCCCGUGGAUGUGCACUACACGUCGCAGCCUGAAGCCAAUUAUUUGGCUGCAGCAAUCACCACCGUCUUCCAGAUCCAUGUUACGCAGGGCCCCGGAGAUAUUUUGGUUUUCCUGACUGGUCAAGAAGAAAUUGAAGCUGCCGAGCAGAGUUUACAAGAGACGGCUCGAAAGUUAGGCAGUAAAAUACCGGAGAUGAUCAUUUGUCCCAUUUACGCCAACCUGCCGUCAGAAUUGCAGACCAAGAUCUUCGAGCCCACGCCGCCCAAAGCACGCAAGGUGGUGUUGGCCACCAACAUUGCCGAGACCAGUUUGACGAUCGACGGUAUAGUCUACGUGAUUGAUCCUGGAUUUGUCAAAGAGAAUGUGUUCAACCCUCGCACGGGUAUGGAAAGUCUCGUGGUGACGCCGUGCUCGCGCGCCUCGGCCAACCAGCGAGCAGGACGUGCCGGAAGAGUUGGUCCCGGUAAAUGCUUCCGACUUUACACUAAGUGGGCGUAUUACAACGAGCUGGAGGAGAAUACCACACCGGAGAUUCAACGUACCAAUUUGAAUGGCGUUAUUCUGAUGUUGAAAUCGCUGGAGACAAUCAUCCGCGCCUUGGAGCAAUUGUACGCACUUGGGGCUCUCAACGAUCGUGGAGAGCUCACCAAGGUCGGUCGCCAGAUGGCCGAGUUCCCUACAGACCCAAUGUUGGCCAAGGCCAUCCUCGCAGCGGACAAAUAUGGAUGUGUGGAGGAGGUGCUCUCCAUCAUCUCAAUGCUGGGCGAGUCAAGCGCCCUGUUCUUCCGACCCAAGGACAAGAAGAUCCACGCCGAUAGUGCUCGCAACCGGUUCACCAUCAAGGAUGGAGGCGAUCACUUGACACUUCUGAAUAUCUGGAACCAGUGGGUGGAUUCAGACUUUAGCGUCGUGUGGGCCAAGGAGAAUUUCCUGCAGCAGCGCAGCUUGACGCGAGCUCGCGACGUUCGCGAUCAACUGGCCAAACUGUGUGAUCGCGUCGAAGUGAGCGUCAGUACCUGCGGUGCCACCAACAUUGUCCCGAUCCAAAAGGCCAUCACCGCCGGCUUCUUCCCCAACGCGGCACGACUGCAGCGCGGGGGUGAUAGCUACCGUACCAUCAAGACAGGCCAGGGAGUGUAUCUGCACCCGUCCAGCACGUUGUUCGAGGUCAACCCUCGAUGGGUGAUCUACUUCGAGCUGGUCCUGACCAGCAAAGAGUACAUGCGCAGCAACAUGCCACUGCAAGCGGAAUGGCUUGUGGAAGUGGCCCCACACUAUUACAAGAAGAAGGAUCUGGAGUCGCUGGGACUGGAUCGCAAAGUGCCGAAGGGGACUGGUGCCGCAGGCGAGAAAAGUCGAACGUGA